AUGUCUUCAACAUAUUCAUCACUAUUUAUGGGUCCACACAUGCAAUCAGACCCGACAGAUUGCGACCUAGGCACACUAGAUGGCCUCGAAGGGCUACCGCUCGAGAUUAUUUUCGAUAUUUAUCAUCAACUCGAUGUCCGCAGCAUUUUCUCACUAGCUCAGGUCAACACUCUUUUCCAUGGACUGUUGAAAAGAAACAAAGCGGCGAUUUUGCUACCAGUUCUCCAGCGAGAGUUUAGCCCAUUGCCCGAGCUGCUCCAAGUCUUUACAGCAUCGGACCAAGACAUGCUCCAAUACGGGGAUACCUUUCAGCCGCGUCGCGUGGUUUUCAGACGAUUCCCAGGCGACAUGACGGGCGUCACUCUAUCCCGCGGUGGUAUCCCACACAACGCGGGCGCUUUGAACGGAGACCAACCAGCCAGGGCCACUUUGCCGUCACCUCGAUCGGUCACGCUCGUUGAGAGAGACUUGAAAUCGUUGCUAAAGUAUUGCUUGGUGACACGGCACUGGGAAGAAUUAUUCCCUCAACUCCACUGGUUCGCGACACCCGAGGACUGCCGUCAACUUGAUGAACCAGAGAAAUUCAAGCUUCGACGGGCUCUCUAUCGAUGGUGGCUAUACGCCUUUUACUUCCACGGCGAGCUUCUUCGGCCGCGGAGCAGUCAGCCAGAGCCGUUUGUAAACGAUAUCCGAACCAGCCAUAUGCGACUUCAUUCAACUCGCGAGUUGAUCGAGAUGAGAGACCUUUUUCUGUCAAUGAAGAACCUCGUCCGAUACUACAUCUACCCGAACCUAGAGCAGAACCUCGAACCUGUUGACGAGAGCAGCCCGCUUGAAACGAUGAUUGAAACCAGCAUUCGCGAGCGCAUUGUGGACACAUAUGCCAAGCUUGACCCGAGAGAUCUGAUGUUCUACUUCGAUAACCUCUUCAACUACCCUCGAAAGAGACUGGUGACGGAUGUCAACUUGAAGCAUCCCGCCUUCUCUCAGGACCAGGAAUCUUUGGUGGCAGCGGUCCAGUCAGCAGCGGAUGAGCGGCCAUGGCUUUACGACAUUGUCGAUCUGACCAGCAUUGGAGGCAUCGUUACCUCUGAUGAAGGCCUGGACGAGCAUCUCGGUCGUGACGGUAGUCAUGAUGGCUCCAUUCCCCCUCCAGGAGCAUUCCGGCGGCCGAGGGGGAUUUGGGCACCACCAGGGGACGAUGGCCGAGCUCUUGCCGAGCGAAGUCAUUCACAUGGUGGGCAACGUUACUGA